UCUAGGCCAGGUUGGCUUGGAAUUAUAUAACCCUAGCUGGUCAUCAUCUCAAGGCACUCUCUCUGCCUCAUCGCCUCAAACUCUGGGGUUACAAGUAUCAGCCACUAUUACAGGCUGAAAAUGUAAAAGUGGGGAUGCAAUUUAGUGAUAAGAGUGAUUGUCUAGUAUCAAGGCUCUGAAUGUUGUAAUCUGCUGGCCUGCUCUAUCACCUGGACACCCUGUCCCUUUAAGACACAAGCUCCUAGUCCCCCUCCCCCCCCCUUUCCACCAAGGCACACAGAUCUUCCACCUCCUCUCCAGCCCGCUCUCUUGCUCUCUCUCUCUGUCCUUUCCUUCUGGAGAGGCAACUUCUGCCUCUCUCUCCCUUCUUCUCCCCUUCCCUCUCCCCUGCCACAAUCCACUAAAUAAACUCUAUAUCCCAGCUCUCUGUCUGUCUCUCGCUCUCCAUCAUCUCCCACCCGCAAAAGGAUCCGCAGAGGCCUCGGGUGGCCCCGCCCUGCCGCCCCGCCCCUGUUGCCCCUUGUGGGACUGCUGCCCUCACAUAGGGCUGGCCUCAGGUCCUACCUCUUUAUAAAUGAUAACACUGAGUCUGAAUCCCAGCAUAUCUCUCUCUCUCUCUCUCUCUCUCUCUCUCUCUCUCUCUCUCUCUCUCUCACACACACACACACACACACACACAGAGUAAUAAUAUGAUGGCCUAGUACAGUGUGGUGCGAACUUGCAGUUCUAACUACUUAGGCUAGGAAGGAAUACUACUUGAUUUUGGUAAUUUGGGACCAGCCUGAAUAGAAUAGCAAGAACACUUCUUUUUUUUUUUCAGUCACUGUGGCUGAUUUCCUUUAUCAUCAUUAUUGCCAUUUGUCACAUCAUGUUUCCUGCCAAACACUUUUUAUUUGGAUUUUUUUUUUGUUUUGUUUUUCGAGACAGGGUUUCUCUGUAGCUUUGGAGCUGUCCUGGAACUACCAGGCUGACCUCGAACUCACGGAGAUCCUCCUGCCUUUGCCUCCUGAGUGCUAGGAUUAAAGGCGUGCACCACCACCACCUUAUCUAGUUUACACUAGUUUUAUGUUAAUACAGCCUUCAAAUUGUAGUCAGGGUUUAGACAGACGCCUUCGAUCCCAUCCCCAGCACUACAAAACAAACAAGUAGUUUGGUCAGGAGUGAGGGUUUAGGAAUGGGAUGGGGAAAUGGGGCUCAGUAGAGGAGCAUUUCCUUAAUAUGUGCAAGGGUGCAAGGCCUUGGGUCCCCUUCCCAUCCCUCCAAGGGAGGCACGGAGAAGUCAAGGCUUGAAUUAGUGUGUUUCCUACUUUUUAUUUAUCUAUUUAUUUAUUUAUUUAUUUAUUUAUUUAUUUAUUUAUCUAUCUAUCUAUCUAUCUAUUUAUUUAUUAUGCCUGCAGGCCAGAAGAGGGCGCCAGACCUCAUUACAGAUGGUUGUGCGCCACCAUGUGGUUGCUGGGAAUUGAACUCAGGACCUUUGGAAGAGCAGGCAAUGCUCUUAACCACUGAGCCAUCUCUCCAGCCCCUUUUUUUUUUUUUUUUUUUUUUUUUUUUUUUGAUUUUUCUAGACAGGGUUUCUCUGUAGCUUUGGAGCCUGUCCUGGAACUCACUCUGUAGACCAGGCUGGCCUCGAACUCACAGAGAUCCUCCUGCCUCUGCCCUCCUCCUCCCCCCCCCCAGUGCUGGGAUUAAAGGCGUGCGCCACCACUGGCGGCAGCAGUGUGUUUCGUACUUAAGAUUCUCUCUAGGAGUCGUCACAAUGUCAUCUGAGGGCCCUAUCAGGGAAGCAGUCACUUCAAAAGCCUUUACAACGUAGAGAGAGAGUCGCUGCAAGCGGGAGGACAAGGGGCCGGGCGGGACAGGGGCACCUGCGUGGCUGGCCUGCCAGUCGUGCCCAGCCUGCGCUGCCCCCACCCGGCCCCGGCCCCCACCGGUACUGGUGGGGCAGCUUUUCCUGAUCCCGUCUCCUCCUUCCUGGUCUCCUCCCGGUCUGACCGAUCCCCAGCCUCCUUGCUGCUUCAAGAUUCUAAAACUGCGAUUUCCUACAAUCCUACUCACUGUCACUUUGGACUUGUUCUGCCUCUUUGCUCCCAAACAGUCUUCGAAACCGGGACUCCCUCCCCUCUCCUAAAAGUCUUCCCUCCAACCCACUUCAGACCUUGUUCUCCCCCUCCCUGGAUUAGGCAUUCACAUCCCUUCCAAAUUAACCCCCACCCCAACUCUCCAAAUACUUGACACCGCCUUCACUGAGGACCGCCAGCCUUGAUUUUGUACCCAGCACAACAGCGCUAUCAUGGAGGCUGUGUUCCCCUUGGUAAACUGGACGGUCCCGGUGCUGGACUGGAUGGGCCCAGUGCUGGAGUGGUUGACUUUCCUGUUGGAUCUUAACUUUUUGUUUGUGUCCUUCCUCCUGGCAAGCUUGGCCUGGCUUUUGGCCCUCAUCUACAACCUGUCACACACGGUACUGACUUAUUUCCUCCACUUUGGGCAAGUCCUGCUCUCGUUACUGGCCUUGGUUGAAGCACUGGUCGAAUUUACCUUUGUGGGGUUGCAGCCCUUGUUUGCUUUUCUCUACAGCUGCUAUUCUAGCUUGGAGAGCUUAAAGCUCCUAGGGCACCUGGCCUCUCAUGGAGCUCUGAGGAGCCAAGAAGUACUGACCAGGGGCAUCCUGAACAUGGUCUCCAGCAACCAUGCUUUGCUGUGCCAGGCCUGUGACAUCUAUGGCAUUGCCAUGAGCCUGGUGGCCUAUGUGAUCAAUAGUCUGGUCAACAUCUGCCUCGUCAGCACUCAGAACCUCUUUUCCCUGGUGCUGGCCCUGUGGGCUGCCAUGGCAGGGGCUCCUUGGCAGAUGCUAGACGUGCUGGUGGCUUUCCUCACUCACCUUUCUAGCAGUGGGAUGGCCAUGGCCAACCUCCUCUGGACCCCCUACCAGCUAGGGCUAGAGCUGUUGGCCUCAGUGGUCCUCCUCCUGGCCGGCUCUAUGCUUUCCAAUCUUACUAUUUUCGUGUUGUUGGUUUGUAUGUUGGCAGUGACUUUGACUGUGUUAUACCCAGAUUUUACCUUGAGGCUAGCCACCGGAGCACUCAAUCAGCUCCAUGCCCGACUAUCCUACCACCAGCUCCGAGAAGAUGUUGUUCGGCUCUGUCGCCUGGCACUGGGUCUGGAGGCCUGGCGCCAAGUCUGGAGACUUAGCCUGCAGCUGGCCAGCUGGCCGAAUCAGGGAGGAGCGCUGGGGGCCCCACAACGUGUUGCCAGGAGGAUGUCUUCAGCCAGAAUCCAGGGACAAGACAAUCUUCGUGAAGAAGAAGAAGAAGAAGGCGACGAUGACGACGACAACGACGACGAAGAGGACAAAGAGGACAUCAGGAGCUUCAGAUCGGUAUCCACAUCCUCUAGAGGCCGAGAGAGACUCAAUGAGGAUGAACUUCCAGCAAGGCACGACCCAUGGAGGCUGCUGGAGGAGCAGGAGGCGAGGAAGAGAUGUGUCAUCUGCCAGGACCAGAGCAAGACCGUGCUGCUUCUGCCCUGCCGGCACCUGUGCCUGUGCCAGGCCUGCACCGAGAUCCUCAUGCACCAACCUCUCUACUUCCGUAACUGCCCACUCUGCCGCCACCGCAUUCUGCAAACCCUCAAUGUCUACCUCUGAUGACUCCCUCCCUGCCCGCCCACCCACUGCCCUCCACACAGUGGGACCACUUCAGCAUUUUGCCUCUGGGUUUUGGCUAAACCUGAAUUUGGGACUAUUUACCCUGAGGCACUCAGUUCCUGGAUGAACUUCAGGAGGGAUUCCCAGAUUUCAGCUCAUUCCUCUCACACCUCCUACGGCACCGAACAUGGUAUCCCUCCCAGUCUCUUCGUGGCAUUCUGCAUUUCCCUAGAGUUCAAACAAGUGGCUAGGCCUUGGGGCAUGCAGUGCCAUUAGGUCUGCCUGCCCAGUUUCUAAAAAAAUAAAUAAAACAUAUAGAAGAACGAAGGGCUUCAGUUUCCUAUUGAAUGUUCCUUAGCUCCUAUAGUCUAGCCAACCAGCCUCUAGCUUUUGCCACUUAAAAUGCCCCAAGUUGCCAGGCGUAGUGGUAUCCACCUUUAAUCCCAGCACUUGGGAGGCAGAGGCAGGUGGAUAUCUGUGAGUUUGAGGCCAGCUGGGCUACACAGAGAAGCCCUGUCUGGGGGGCAAAGUGGGGUAUACUACACCUCAGGUGGUUGCUUGCUUUAACAAAAGCAGCAGAGUAAGAGUCUCCUCAGUAGAUGGUUGUUUCAUCUUUAAUGUACAAAUAUGUUACAUAAUAACCUGUCACACACUUGAUAGGAGUGGGUUAUAUAAUAAAAGAUGUGAACAUCAAGACAUGGGAGAAAUGGAAGCCAUCACAAGUGUGUGUCCAUUAUAUUGGUGUUUAAUCUUCAGGUCUAGAAAGAAAUGUACUUUUUUGUGUGUGAUUUGAGGCAGAGUCUCACUAUGCAGCCCUGGCUGGCCUUGUACUUACUGUGUAGCCCCAACUGGCCUUAGUCUUGCAGCCAUCCUCCUGCCUCAGGCUUCCAUGAAGGCCCUCAGGAAAAGAUUUGCAUUCUGAUAUCAUCUAUGACCCUGGGGAUAUAUAGAGGUAACCAAUAGGUUAGA